AUGCAGUCUCAUGACUUAGUCUUUACUCCACUACCUAUUAAAGAAGGAGACAAGACGUACAUAGACAGCUUCCAUUCAGACACCCAGAAGGACACAGAAAGGCAAGACAAUUAAACAGAGCUAACUGUAUUAUCAGCUGGUGGAGAGUGCUACCAGCUCACCUUCAUGUUCCCCAUUUUCUUCUCUGCAUUUAUCCUGUCUGCUUACUGCUUAACCAAAGGAAACUGCAUCUCCUAUGAUGAGCUGAAAGAGCUGAAGACUGAAUUUGCCAUCAAUCUCUACCGGCAUGUAUCCGAAGCAGAGAACAGAACCAAUCUGGUAGUCUCUCCAGCAAGUGUGUCUGUUUCUCUGGAGCUGCUGCAGUUUGGAGCUCAAGGCAAUACCUUUACGGAGCUGCAGGAUGCCCUAGGAUACAACAUUCAUGAUCAAAAUGUGCAGGAUUUCUUGCACGUGGUGUACGAAGGAGCAACCGACUCCAGCCAAGGCACGGUGGUUCAGCUGGCAUGUUCCUUGUUUGUGGACGCUGGCGUGCAGCUCUCGCCCCGCUUCGCUGCACGUGCCGCGCACUGGGCAAACAGCAGCCUGCAGCAAACCAACUUCACUGACCCUAACAGAACCAAAGCCCAAAUACAGGAAUGGCUCACCGGUAACCUUGGAGGCGGGGAUGUGCGUGACAUGCCGUUGGAGAGCGCUGGGUUGCCUUUCAGCCAGGUCGCCUUGGUGAGCACCAUGUACUUCAAAAGCAUGUGGCAAAAGAAGUUUUCCUUUAUGGAUACCCAGAUGUUGCCUUUUACCACAGCAGAGGGCUCAACGCUGAAAGUGCCCACAAUGCAUCACACAGCCGAAGUUAACUACGGCCAGUUCCAGACUGCAGCUCUGCAGGCUUUCAGCGUGGUCGAGUUACCCUACCUGGGGGAGAAACUCAGCAUGCUCCUGGUGCUUCCCAGCCACAAAAGAACAUCUUUGUCCCAGAUUGAGUCUCACCUUUCUGCCAAAACCAUAACCCUCUGGGCCAACAGCUUAAAGAGAACGAAGAUGGACAUUUUUCUACCUAGGUUCAGUAUUCAAAGCCUUUUUGACCUAAAGACAGUUUUUUCUGCCUUGGGAAUUAGAGACGCAUUUGAUCCCAUCACUGCUAAUUUUAAAGGUAUUUCAGAGCAAGGUAGUCUUUAUAUUUCAGAAGCUAUUCACAAAGCAGAAAUUGAAGUAACAGAAGAUGGUACGAAGGCAUCAGGAGCUACAGCAAUCGUAUUACUAAAAAGAUCUCGAACGCCUAUUUUCAAAGCAGACAGACCUUUCACGUUUUUCCUGAGACAAGCUAACACAGGUACGCAUGCUCUCCGUUUCAGUAGCAGAAUCCUUUACAAGUAG